AUGCCGGCCAUCAUAGCGUCUGCUUUAGAGGCACGAGAUGCCGCGUCAGAUGCCCGUAAUGGCACAGUCGAAUUAUGGACGCUAUAUUCAAUCGGCGUUGCGGUGACAAUUCUCAGAACAUACGCUCGGGGGAGAACCGUUGGCUUGAGGAAUCUAAGACUCGACGAUUACCUGAUAUGGGUCGCGAUUAUCUUUUACACUGCACAGACAGCGCUUGCAUAUAGCGUGGGCAAUGUAGCUCAUGGUCUCGCGAACAAUAGCAUGACAGCCGCCCAACGGGCUGCCCUGUCCCCCGAGAACCCAGAAUAUAAUUCAAGGGUGAUUGGCUCUAAAAUUCAAAUCGCGGGCUGGACUACUUAUACGGCAUUAAUCAAUUCAAUCAAAUUGUCCAUGCUGGCAUUUUACGUUCGACUAAUGGAGGGUCUUGGUCGGCGUUAUCAAAUUCCUAUCUAUAUUGGUUGGUUUCUUGUCAUCGGGAGCUUUCUCGCAAGUAUCAUCACAAUCUUUGCGGCAUGCCAACCAUUCCACAAAAACUGGCAGAUCAAUCCAGACCCAGGCAACGUGUGUCAACCAGCCAUUUCGAAGCCGGUCAUCGCAGUAACAUUCGCCGCAAACCUUGCCACCGAUCCAUACCUCAUUUUCAUCCCAAUCCCCAUGCUUUGGAAAUCUAGUCUGAGACUCUUGAAGAAGAUCGCGGCGACUAUCGUACUUAGUGCUGGUGUCUUUGUUCUUGUCUGUGCCACUCUUAAGAGCGUCUUCCUCUUGGUGAAUCCAGACAACGGCGCACAACUCGCCGACGAAUGGGGUACCCGAGAGACUUUCGUUGCCGUCAUUACGACUAAUCUUCCAAUGGUCUUCCACCUCCUCAGAAUUUGGCUCACCAAAGUUUUCGGCAGUCGCUUUCAAUCAUCUCAGAAGACGUCUAAAUCCCCUUUGGACAAUUUUCGGGGUAUUAGCGGUAGCAGCUAUUAUGGCAAUCGUAAAGGUCGCAGCCCUGCGGCUUCGAAUCCUGUCACCAUUGGCAUGACAUUUACUGAGAGUGAGGAGCGGAUGAUGGACGAUGUUAGGAUGCAGAACUUGAAGACGGCUCCUGCACCUACAUCUGGCGACCCAUCCUCGAGUGCUAUCGUGGUCUCAAACCAGAUUGAUAUUACCCAUGAGACUCGAAGCAGUCAACACAGCGAAAAUUCGGAACAAAAUACCCAUAGGGCAUGGUAA